CGGCAUUCGCCCGCUUCAUAUUUUGAUCCCGAGGUCAAAUCUCCAUUUGAAUCGCGAAAGAAACAUGAAUAUGUAAUCGGAAAUUUAAAUCUGAUGGCUUUGUAUUGUUUAGUGUGAAGUGUUUGCAUUCUGGAUGCUUUUGAGACUACGUGCUGUAAAAAUAUAGAACUGACACUUCGGCAAAAACUUUUAAUUGGAGAACGCAUCAAGCGCCGCAUUUAUGAAGCGUAAACUAUGUGCAACGUCUUUCAGUUGUGACGACGAUAUGGAAGAAUUAAAUGCAGCCUCGCUCUCCCACCGUAAGGAAUCUGCAGUGCCGUUGACCGCUACAGGCGACCCGAUCUUCAACCAUCCUUUUGGCUAUCCCUUGGCUGUGGUACUAAGACUACGGGUGUUACAGAUUGUGUGCGGUAUAUCAAAAAUCAUAAUGGGCAGUGUGGCGUUUAUAGAAGAGCGUCAAAAGCUAAACAUGGGUCUUGGCAUACCGGCUGGCAGUUUCAGUGUUUUGGCAGCGGCGGUGUCGAUUCAUACGUCACGAGGUUGGGGUAUGAUGUCGAGCGGCGCGAUGGGCGUAGCGACAGCUGCAGUACUGUGGAUUGUAUCUAUAUGUAUGCUCCUGGCGCUGAUAGUACAAUGCUUCAGGACUAUCUUGGAAGUUCCACAGUACAACAGCAGCGACCCUGAAGAGAGCUUAACAUCACCACGCGACCUGACUAUCAUAGCGAUCGUGCAAAUCGCUCUCGCGUCCGCUACACUAAUAAGCGCGCUGGUGUGCGCCCGUAUAGACCUCAGCGCCUGACAUGAGCCCAAGGGCCCGCUCGCACGCCGACGCGUGAGCGAAGCGCCCGCCGCCACUGCGACCGUACCCAUAGUUUCCACUACAGUUGAGCGGGAGAAACGCGUAGCCUGGCUUAUAUAAACAGCUUCCAAGUACGAGAAACUAUUUUGAAUGAAAUGAGAUUGAAAGGCGCCCGAAUUCGUGGUGGCUAUGUUUCAAAAACGCGAUUGUUGCGUGUGUUUUGACAAGCUG